ACAGAAAGCACCGCGCUGAUGUGUGCGGAAGCGAAAUCAAAAGCAGGCUGAAGUGCCGUGCCGAGGUACCGUACAGAGUCAGACGCCCGAAACGAGGAAGAAGCGCCGACCUCCACGCCGGUUAGAUAUGAGUGUUAGCGGCAUGCUGCAUUUUGCAAACCUGAGCACGCUCCUCGUCUGCAUGGUGCUGAAAUUCCCGCAGAUGUUCGCGCUGAUGCAGAGCAAAUCCUCCGAAGGUGUCAGCCUGCAGAGCCUGAUCCUGGAGCUCAUCGGGUUCAUUGUGUUCAACACUUACCAGGUUUACUAUGAGUACCCGCUGCCCACCUACCUGGAGUACCCCAUUCUGAUCGCUCAAGAUGCCAUCCUGCUCCUGCUGAUCCUGCACUACAAUGGCACCCUGAAGCAGAGUUUAUUCUAUGCAUCCCUGUUCACAGGGGGCUGGCAGCUGCUGACCUUAGAGAAGUGGAUCAUCGACUGGGCCAUGAGUUUGUGCACCUUCAUCAGUGCGGCGAGUAAGAUGACCCAGCUGCGCUGUCUGUGGAGCUCCAAGGACUCUGGGCAGGUCAGCGCGCUGACAUGGGGACUGGCGACCUACACCUGCCUGGCGAGAAUUUACACCACGGCCGUGACGUCUGCUGACACACAGGUUCUGGUCCGAUUUGUCGUCAUGACGAUUCUGAAUGGGUGGGUUACAGCGGCUGUGCUGUACUACCGACGGCGCAGGACAAAGCAGGACUAAGCCUGUUGUCAUGGAGACAAAGCAGGACUGAGCCUGUUGUCAUUCAGACAUGGGGCUUCCUGUUGUUAACACAGGUGUGGUGUGGAGGCUUCCAGAUGGAUGCGCUGGGCUGCUCCCCCCCAUCACCAGCUGCUGUUACACCAAAAAUCCUACGUCAUUUUCUUCUUUUGGCACAAAUGUUGCAUUUUUUUAUAUAAACUUUUCUCAGUUUCUGCCACCUUCUUAUUGUACUCAGCAGAACAAAGUGAAACAUUGAUCUAUUUCCCGUCCCGUCA